AGGGGAGGUGACGGGAGAGUCCAUCUGCGCAGCCGAGCUGAGGGGAGGAGAGGGAAUGAGAGCGAGAGAAAAUGGCGAGAGGCUCACAUGAAUGAAUGAUGGAGAUGUACAGGGGUUGCCACCCGUCAGCUGAUAUAAGAACAAGUUAUAAUUGCUUCUCCUAAAACUAAGUCAAGAACUGGAAAGAUGGCUUCAAACCCUUCUGGACAAGGCUUUCAGAAUAAGAACAGGGUCGCAAUCUUGGCUGAGCUAGACAAGGAGAAGAGGAAGCUGCUGCUGCAAAACCAGUCUUCCACCAAUCACCCUGGAGCCAGAGUUCUGCAGCCACUCUACCAAACAUAUGAACUCCCCAUCAUGAAGAUUAUGGACCCCUGCAUCUCACUAGCAAGAUCUUCCCUCAACAAGGAUUUUCGUGACCACGCCGAGCAGCAGCACAUUGCUGCACAACAAAAGGCUGCUUUACAACAUGCUCAUGCACAUUCUUCAGGAUACUUUAUAACCCAAGACUCUGCCUUUGGAAACCUUAUUCUUCCUGUGUUGCCACGACUUGAUGCAGAAUGAAAGCAAAGCCUUGGAACGAAGAGACAUAAAUGUUAUUCUAGCACUGCAGUUGCUAUCUUUCCAGACUUUCUGCCAGUGGUUUAUGAAAAUAAGAGGACUCAAAGGCAGAUGUAUAUUUUUCUUCAUUGUAAUGGAUCUCAUUUUGGAUCCAGGCAUUUUGUUUUUAGGGGACAUUAAAAUACUUUAAACAAGUUCUGAUAACUUUUUAACUUUUCCCUUUUUUCAUGGCCUUUUAAUCAGAUAUUAUGUUAAGAAGUUGACAAGUUGAGAAGUCAAGAAUAGUUGCUUGAUUGUUUGUCCUUUCAAGUAAAUUUGCCGCAUGCCCAGCAAGCCACUUAAGAGCAAUGCUUAGCAGGUAUAUAGCACUUCAAGACUGCGAUUCUAGUAAGGCAGCAGUCCUCACAACUGAGUAGACAUAUAUAGGAUUGCAUUCUUGGAGUGUCACACCGCUUCACAUCCAUUCAUAUUUCAGCCGUGACACUGCUGUGCCACCCUGUAGCCAAAGCUUUCUCGCCAUUUUCCAAGGAUUAAAAGUAAUUGAAAUAUGCUAUGCACAGUAUAAAAAAGGAACUGUACACAAACAGACAGUACACACCAAGAUGCAUAUCUAAGCAGUUUUAGACAAUAGGAGUUCCAUGGCCCUGCAUUAUCUCACUAAUUCUUACAACAGCAUGUUAAGGUAGGCCAGCCUUAUUAUCGUAUACCAGCCGUGAGACUGCAUCAGAAAGAGAUUUGCCUAGAAGUAUUUAGUCAGUCCAUAGCUGAGAUGUGACUGUGGAAUUUCCAGGCUCAUAGCUUAUUCUUGUAUCUGGUUUAUUUUGUUAGCAACAUCGAUGUAGCUAUUUGGUUUUGCUAGAUUUUGGGCUUUCUUUUUAUUAUUUUAUUUGAAUUGGUAUGUGAGCCCUGGGUAACACACACGUUGAUAAAAUAUAGUGCUAUACCUAGUAAAUAAACCUGCAUGAAAAUAAAUAAUACUGAGAUAAGGCA